CCUGAAAACAUUAUGCUUCUGGACAAGCAUAUCCCCAUUCCACGCAUCAAGCUCGUUGACUUCAGCCUGGCUCACAAAACAGAAGAUAGAGUUGAAUUUAAAAACAUUUUUGGAACUCCAGAAUUUGUAGCUCCAGAAAUAGUAAACUGUGAACCGCUUGGACUAGCUGCAGAUAUGUAAAGCAUAGGAGUCAUCACCUACAUACUACUUAGUGGUGCAUCGCCUUUCCUUGGAGAAGCUAAACAAGAAACACUUGCCAACAUCACAGCCGUGAAUUAUGAUUUUGAUGAGGAAUUUUUCAGCAAUACCAGCGACCUGGCAAAAGAUUUUAUUGAGAAGCUCCUGGUGAAAGAUACAUGGAAACUGCUUACAAUUCAGGAAGCUCCGUCUCAUCCAUGAAUAACGCUGAAAGAAGAAACAAAAGUCCAAGAAAACAAGAAGGUUGAGAACACACAGCUGAAGACAAAACGCCUGAGAGAGCACACCAUAAAGUGCUAUUCGAGUAUGCCUCCCAAUCAGACCUACAUCAACUUUGAGCGCUUUGCCUGGGUAGUAGAAGACAUUUCACUUAUGGGACGGGGUUUCAGCACUUUGGCUGUGUCCCACGCCUACUUGCAGGAGGACACUGAUACUCUGGUUUCCAUUUCUAAUGAGAAAGAAGCUUGGUACAAAGAAGAGAAUGAAAGUGUGAGGCACAAGCUGUCUCAGCUGAAGUAUGAAUACCAUAAAAUUGAAUCCCUGAAAAGACAUCUACAAGAUGAUAUCAAGACUGUAGGCACAAGUCUUACAGGCAUAACCGCGAAAUAUGCUGAUCUGCAGAGUCAGUAUGAAUCUUUCAGUCAAGAACUUUCUGAGGAACUCAAAUGGAUACAGGAUUUAAUGAGUAGUUUUCAUCUGGAAAAUGAAGCCUGUGUGAAUGGAAACUUUGACUCUGUUUUCAACAAAGAUAUUAAUGAAUCAGUAAGGGAGCUGUUAAAUAGAUCUCACUGUGAAGAAUUCCUUGCAGGUUUGAAUCUUGAUAUAGCAGAAUCAAAUCAGUAA